AUGGCCACCACUUCCUUCCGCGAACUCCUUGGCAUACCGCCCAGCACCGCCUCCACCUCCGACUCCGCGCUGCUCAUCAUCGACGCGCAGAAUGAAUAUGCCAGCGGCGCACUGACUGUGACCAAUGCAGAAGCUAGUGGGAAGGUCAUCGCGGACUUGCUUGAGAAGUACCGCAAGGCGGGAGGCAAGGUGAUCCAUGUGCUACACAAGACGCCUGAAGGGGCGCCCAUCUUCACGCCUGGCACGGAAUUGGCGGAAGAAUUCAAGGCCUUGAAAGCAAAGGACGGUGAGACAACAAUCUGGAAGCAGUUCCCCGGAUCUUUUGAGCAGACGAACUUGCACGAGACCCUGCAGGGAUGGGGCGUCAAGAAGGUUGUUCUGACGGGCUACAUGGCACAUGUCUGUGUGUCAACCACUGCGCGUGAAGCUUACCAGAGUGGAUACGAUGUCGUUCUCGUCGAAGAUGGCAUUGGGGACCGCGAUAUCCCGGGUGUGAAGGGCGAUGAGGUAACGAGGGUUGCGCUUGCGGAGCUGGCAGAUGUUUUUGGCACCGUAGUGAAGAGCGCGGAUAUCAAAUAA